UAUUAGAUUGGGCCUUACUAAUUGUAUAUUUCUUGUAAUUAUGGGCUAAGGGCUCUACUUAAUUAGAUAGCUAAUGUGUAUAUAUAUAGGGGUCUCGGCUCAUUGUAAAGGCAGAGGAUUAAUUUCCAUUUAAUAAGAUUAUUUGCUUCCUAUUUUAAGAUGGUAUCAGAGCCCUGGUAGGUCUGCGUCGCUCAUCGGCAAUCUCCGCGGAAGGCACCAGCGAGCCAGAAGCAGAGCUUCGACAUGAGUGAUCCCACCUCCGUUUAUUACUUGGGUUCCGGCGAUCAACCCGGUAACCAAAUUACUCACGUUGUCUUUAAAGGGGACAAUUAUGUGGCGUGGUCUCGGGCGAUUGCAUUAGCCCUCAAGGCUCGCCGAAAAUAUGUGUUCGUCGAUGGAACACAGAAGAAGCCGACUGAUGAGGCGCAGCUAUCCAACUGGGAGACGGUGAACUCUAUGGUCGUCUCGUGGUUGCUGCGAUGUAUGGACCCGGCGUUAGCAGCUUCCAUCCCGUUCCACGAUGAAGCACGCGCGUUGUGGUUAUACUUGGAAAACCGGUUCAGCGUUGCCAAUGGUCCGAGGCUGCAGCAGCUUCGGUCCUUCAUCACAAACUGCCGGCAGACAAAGGGAAUGACAGUGGACGGAUACUACACGACAUUGAUGAGUUAUUUUGACGAACUGAACCGGUUGAAGCCAUUGCACGUGUGCACUUGUGGCCACUGUACCUGCGGGCUUGCUGCAAAGUUUGCAGCCGAUAGAGAUGAAGAAAAACUGCAUCAAUUCUUAAUCGGAAUUGAUGACGAAGUAUACGGGACGGUACGGUCCAAUCUGCUCUCACAUACUCCGUUGCCAGACUUGAACAGGGCUUAUCAAGCCUUCAUCCAAGAAGAAAACUCGCGGGCAGUGGCUCGCGGAAGGGCCGGUGAAAUUGAUACCCAGGCUUUUGCACUUCAAGUAGAUAGGCACGCCAAAGGGAAACAAGAGAAGCUGGACCGAACUAAACUGAUGUGUACUCACUGCAAAAAGAAAGGACACGAUGUCGGGUCUUGUUUCAAGUUGUUGGGGUACCCAGAAUGGUGGGAGGAUCGGAACCGAACAAAUAAUGGAGCUGCUGGCCGUGGAGGGGGGGUCAAGACGCACGCCGUUAUCACGACUGGUGAAGGUUCAUCCUCUACGGCUGAGGCGACCGGACUGCCCUCAUUGAGCAAGGAACAGGUUCAAGCUUUGCUGAGUUUAAUUAAUGCUGAAACUCGCUCAUCCGAUCGUAUGGCAGGACCGUCCCUCGAGGAACCUGAUUGGAGCCGGUGAGAGACGGGAUGGGCUUUAUUAUUUCUGCAGAGUACCUGUGUUGCAUGUUGUCCACACGUCAGAUUUACCUGCGUUCGAACUGUGGCAUCGGCGUUUGGGGCACCCGUCUGAUCGUGUUAUUAAAUUAUUGCCUACUAUUUAUAAUAAUUCUUCUACCAAACGUUUGAAUAAACCUUGUGAGGUGUGUCCGCAAGCCAAGCAAGUGCGUGAUUCUUUUCCUAUCAGUAG